UGUAUCAUAUCAAAGUGUAUAUAUUUAUAAUAUAUAAUAAUAUAAAAAUAUAUGCACAUAGAAGGCAUACAUAUAUAUUUAUUUUGAUGUAUGUAAGUAUUUUAAUGAUUAUUUAUUAUAAUAUGAUAUUCAACAUCCAACCCCGACCAGGUGUGUGGAUUUCUCUCUCACUGGCGAACUAACUAACGGAGACGACAGCUGAAAUGUCCCAGCUUCGGGCUCGGUCCGUGAAGUGGAUGAAAACUUGGUCAACAAGCCGCUAGUCACAGGAGCUUUCAGUCAGUCCGCGGACUUCUUCUUCUUCUUCUUCUGCACUUUGUGCCGCGGAGUACCUGCUCAUCGUUACACAACUCGCCCUCGGCCGGUGGACGCGGAGCUACGAGAGAUGCCUCUUCUCCACAGGAGAGCCUUCGUCCGACAGAGACCUCCGGCGGACCUGCGGCCGGACGAGGAGGUCUUUCUCUGUACAAUCACCCACGAAGUGUUCAGGACCUACGAUGAGUUCUUCGAGAGGACCAUCCUGUGCAACAGUCUGGUGUGGAGCUGCGCCCUUACGGGUCGAGCUGGCCUGACCUACCUGGAGGCGGUGGAGAGCGAGCGGCGGGCGAAGCACAGUCUGCAGAACUUCCCUCAGUCCCUGGUGGUGCCUCUGCUCCACCUGGUGGCCCUGAGCCGACACUGCAGGCUGACGGAGCUCUGCGACGAGGUCCACGCCUUCGUCAAAGACCGAUUCUUCCCGGGGGAGAGCGUGGACGUGAUGGGACCCAACGGAGCCAGACACGUGUGUGAGAUCCUGCAGGUUCAAUCUGCUCAUUCCAGCGCUAACGGUGUGCCGAAUGCUAACGGCCGCCCCAAGUCGGGCGACGCCAUAGUCAUCACCGACAGUGAUGAUGAGAGCAACGCCUUCCAGAGUCCCAAGGCACAGGUCAACGGGUCAGUAGGUCCAAGCAGGAGGAAGAAGAAGCCUCUGAGUCCGUCAGUGUUUAAAUACACAGUGAGGAUGAUGAAAGACGAACACAGUGACACGUUCACUGUGAAGGCCAAUCAGAUCAGUCGCAGGAAGACGACUCUGUCCAGAGAGAAGCUGAAGCUGCUGCUAAAACAACACUGUGAACCUCAGAACGGGACCAUCGUCCUCAAGUCCUCCACAGUGACGAAGUACAGACUCGCUGAACAAACCUUCUCUCAGUUCUUCCCCGAUGAACCCCCCCUGUUCCCCUUCAGCCCAGCCUCUAAAGGUGGGGGGCGUGGCUCGUCUGGACAGGCGGCGCAGGAGAAGCGGAAGCUGCUGCAGCAGAGGGAGGAGAUGGCAGCGGCGGCUCAGGACCGAGCGCGGCUGAAGAAGGAGAAGGAGGAGGCGCAGGAGGCCAAGAGGAGGGAGAGGGGGGACAAGGAGAAGAUGAAGGAGGAGCAGAGGAGGAGGUUUGAGGAGGAGAAGCAGAGGAGGAGGGAGGAGAAGGAGAGCAGGAAGCUGGAGAGAGAGAGGGAGCGAGAGAAGUUGAAGGAGGAGAAGAAGAAAUACGCCGAGCGACUGAAGCUGUGGAACAAACCCCGAGAGGACAUGGAGUGUGAGGACCUGAAGGAGCUUCCCAGUCCGGUCCCGGUGAGAACCCGUCUUCCGUCGGAUCUGUUCGGAGAUGCUCUGAUGGUUCUGGAGUUCCUGCGAGCCUUCGGCGAAGCCUUUGACCUGAAGGACGAGUUCCCCGAUGGAAUCUCCCUCGAGGUUCUAGAAGAGGCUCUGGUGGGUUCUGAUCCUGAAGGUCCUCUGUGUGAGCUGCUCUUCUUCUUCCUGUCGGCCAUCUUUCAGGCUCUGGACGAGGAACAGGAGGAGGUGAAGACAGAUCAGACAGAAGAUCUGUCGGAGGCCCUGGACGACGACUGUGAUCCCACGCAGUCGGCUCUGAGCGCCAUCGCCUCAUUGGCUGCAUCGUGGCCUCAGCUGCAUCAGGGCUGCGGUCUGAAGCGGCUCGACCUCGACAGCUGCACGCUGUCCGAGAUCCUGCGGCUGCACAUCCUGGCUUCCGGCGCCCACUGUAACCACGGCAACGCCAAGCUGCGCUACCAGAAGCAGGGCGGCUUCACGCCGAUGGACGACCCGUGUGUUGAGCUGCGAUUGGCCGAGCCGGCACUGCUGAAGAGGUUGUCGUGCACGGCAGUGUACGACCUGACGCCAGGGGAGAAGCUGAGGCUGCUGCAGGCUCUAGUGGGGAAGCUGCUGACGUUGGCGUCCAGCAGAGAUCUGAUAGAAGACUGUGUCGAGGAGCAACGAGCCGCCAGACAGGAACUGAGAGAGACGAGAGCUGAACAACACCGACGAGACCGAGAGGAGGCCGCACACAGGGUCCGUGUCCGUAGAGAGGAGAAGCUCCGGGAACAAGAGCAGAGGCUGAAGGAGAAGGAGGAGAAACUGAAGGGACGAGUCCAGAGGCUCAGUGAGACUCCUUCAUCACGACACACUGAGGAAGACGAGCAGAUGAAGACUGAAGCGAAAGACGACCAGAGAGACCGACCCCAGACGACCUCUGACCCCUGCCCCCCCAGCAGCCUGAGCACAGAGGAGAUGGAGGUGGAGCAGGAGAAGGUUCAAGAGCUGCAGGAGCGGAUCCAUAAGGCGGCGGCCUGCACCUGCCUACUGCCUCUGGGCCGGGACCGGCUGUACCGCCGAUACUGGCUCCUCCCCUCUGCCGCCGCUCUGUUUGUGGAGGACGACGCCUUCGGCCUGACAGAGGACAUGCUGGAGCCAAGCCCAAAACCUGCGCAGGACGCCACAACCAUGAUGGAAGACGAGGCGGUUGUGAAGGAGGAGCCUGCUGAGGGAAGCACCGGUUCAAGCCCCGCCCCCCUCCACACCUGCAGCCCACCCGUCGCCCGUCCCAACCAAUGGUCUUUCUACAGCUCGGUGGAGGAGGUGGAUCAGCUGAUCGAGGCUCUGAACCCUCGAGGUCACAGAGAGAGUGGCCUGAAAGAGGCGCUGCUGCAGGAGAGAGACAGACUCACACAGCUGCUACACACCUGUGACAGGAGCAAGUUCACACACACAGAUGAUCCCGAGUCGUCCAGAUCUGUCCCAGAAUGCACUGCUGCAGCUGAGACUCUGAUGGAAGUCCGACUGAGAGACCUGCUGCUGGACAUCGAGGACCGCAUCCACCAGGGAACUCUGGGAACUCUGAAGGUGAUGGACAGACAGGUGUGGCGCUCGGCACUGGAAGCUGGAAACUACGAGCUGCUGAGUUCUGAAGGCCGCGAGAACGGAGGGAUGAACGGACGAGUGGAGGCCGGGGAUCCGGUCAGCAGCCAGCUGAGAGCCAGAGACCGACUCCAGGAGCUGAAGUCGGACGGCGCGGCGUGUGGGACCAGCGGCAGCGGGACACCUCAGGUCGUCAGCAGCUGCGUCCGGAUCCUGGCUCAGGCCCUCGCUCACAUCGAGCAGGGCAUCGAGAGACGCUUCCUCAAAGCUCCGCUGGGUGAGGAUGACCCAAAGAAAGACCAGAAGACGAAGAAGAGCAAGAAGAAGGACGAGGACCAGGCCAGUGACGACGGCAGUGACGGUGGUCGGGUGAUGAAGACGGUGUUGGAGCGAUGGAGAGAGUCUCUACAGUCGUGUUCCAGUCUGUCUCAGGUGUUCGUCCACCUGUCCAGUCUGGAGCGGAGUGUCCUCUGGUCUCGCUCCGUCCUCAACGCUCGCUGUCGCAUCUGCAGACGCAAAGGCGAUGCCGACAACAUGCUACUGUGUGACGGCUGUGACCGGGGUCACCACACCCACUGCCUGAGGCCCCGCCUCAAGUCGGUUCCGGAGGGCGACUGGUUCUGUCCAGACUGUCGACCCAAACAGAGGUCCAGCCGUGUCCCGUCCCGUCAGCGCUCCUCCAUCGACGACGAGGAGGAGGAGGAAGAAGAGAAGGAUGACCAGGAGGAAGAGGAGGAGGAGGAGGAAGAGACAGAGGAGUCAGAAGAGGAGGAGUCAGAAGAGGAGGAGGAGGAGGAGGAGGAGGAAGAGGAGGAGGAGGAAGAGGAAGAAGUCGCAGUGAGCACCAAGAAGCAUCAGGCCCUGCUCCCUAAAGGCAAGAACGAACAGACCACUCCCCCUAAAGGCAAGAACCAACAGAUCACGCCCAAAAGCAACGCUGUCUCAGGAGGGAAAACCUCGUCAGCCUCCAAGUCCUCAGGUAAAAAGGCCAUGCCCCCUCCGUCAAAGUCCAACGUGGCUUCCGGCAGCAGAGCUGCACCGCCGCGCUCCGCCGGGAGUCGGAGCAGUGCCCGUCUGAGCCACGAGAUCCUGGCACCACCGAGCGGCAGCACAAAGACCUCACCUGGUCAGAGCGAGGGCCGCAAGAGGGCAGUGACAGACGCCACACCGCCUCCAAAACCCUCCCGCCCUGUCCUCUCCCCCGCUGCCGCCUCCUCCUCCAGCAGCAGACGCUCCUCUGGGAGGAACCACGGCGUCCACGAGCUGUCGGCCUGUGAGCAGCUGACUGUGGAGCUGGUCAGACAUGAAGACAGCUGGCCCUUCAUGAAGCUGGUGUCCAGGACUCAGGUGCCUGACUACUAUGACAUCAUCAAGAAGCCGAUCGCCCUGAGCACCAUCAGAGAGAGAGUCAACAACUGUGAAUAUCAGACAGCAGGUGAGUUUGUGUGCGACGUGGAGCUGAUGUUCUCCAACUGUCUCCAGUACAACCCCCGACACACCAACGAGGCGAAGGCCGGACUCCGCCUGCAGCACUUCUUCCACUCGGAGCUCGACCGCCUGGGCCUGUCGGAGCGAGGCCCCGCCCCCCCCGCCAAACGCUCCCGACACUGAAACACACAUACACACACACACACCUCUGACCUCACUGUGCCGUCCACUCUGCUGCGUUCUGAUAGGAGGUGGGCGGGGUUGAGAAGUUGCGAUGAUUUUCAUGAUAUUAUUUGCACCCUCCUGACCUUUGACCCCUGUCGGCCACAGUCGAAAGGUUUUGAUUGUAAUGACACGACUGGGGUCAAAGGUCACGAAGGAACCAAUCGUUGAAUUCUCAGGUUCCGGCCAGUUAACUGAGCUCGUUGUGAUUGAAGCUUCGCCCCCUCACCUGCCUCACAGCUGUGAGCCACAGAUUGUGAAUCAAGACGGAUGACGCAUCUCUUCUUCCCCCUGUUGUACAAACAUGACGCUGAAAUAUCUCAGCUACAGGCGCCGCCAUCUUGUGUUGGAGGUCCCGCCCACACGCACUGAAGUGUCCAGGGGGCGGGGCUUAAGAGCUAUACUGCGACCAGACACCAGGGGGCGAUCCAGGUGAUUUGGGAGCUGUCAUGUCAUCCAUCUUCAUUCACAGUGUUUUACUAUGAGCUGAUAAAAACCCACAGAUGACCUCCAACCUGCGGAUCUGGGUGUGUGCACGGAGGUCAUAGACACAUUCCUUCACAACCUUUCCCCCAGAAAAGCAAAAAACCACUAAAGAAACUUCAGCUUGGCACUGAAAAUAAAAAGCUGAAUAAUAAAAUGAGGCCGUUUGUUUGCUCAGGGACGAAUGUUUUGAUUUGAGGAGCGAGCGGCUCCACGUGGUCGUCUGCAGAACGUCUCAUUAAUCAAAUUGUCAACUUAACGCUGCCCGCACGUCACUAACACUGGAGGUCGCUUUCAAAAUGGCCACAAGCGACUCAAAAGUUAAAUUAAAGGAAUGAAUAUUCUAUUUUUGUACAUUUCUAAAUACAGUUUUGUGAACAGCAGGACGUCAGGAGGAAGACGCGGUGCUUUGAUUCCAAGUUCACUGACCUUUGACCUGUGUAGACCUGAGCCGCUGUGGAUUUUGUAGUUUUUGUAUUUUGACAUUAGAUUGUUUUGUUUUCAGUUGUUUUCCUCUAGUGUGUGUGUGUGUGGGGGGUGGUGGUCACACUGUACAACUACACUGGAGCAGCCCCCCCCUACAAUAUUUAUUUAGUUGCAGUCUGUUUUUCUUUAUUUAUGACUAUGAUUAUCACCUGUUCGUUGUUCUGAUGUAAAAAUAAAAACCUUUUUAUAAAAA